CGCGGACAAGUUGUUUGUUCCCAAGAGACUGCAAUAUUUAAACAACAAAUUCGAACCGUGUAAUUUAUCUAGAAAGUGCAAGAAGUGUGUUAAGUAUGAUUCUGGCUGCAAAUCAUGUCCUGACAUAAAUUUUGAGGGACAGAAUUUCGUUAUCUCUAGGCACGAACACGAGGUUAGCCAAAGGAGGUGUGGUUUAGUUCAUUUGCAUACGAGGGACAAUGAACGCAUGCGCGAUCACCAACGUUGCAAGAGAUACGAAGUAGUCAAAGGAGUGGAAAUGACACGGUUUCUACAGUCGUACGCUGAGUCGGCCAUGGAGUCUCUCCAAGGGGUGAAAGGGGCUCGGAAUGAGGCCUGUCUCCUGACGCUGAUCGAGAAGACCGGCUACCCUAUGGUACAAGAAAAUGGACAAAGGAAAUACGGACCUCCUCCCAAAUGGGAAGGGCCUCCCCCACCCCGGGGAUGUGAGAUCUUCAUCGGCAAAAUCCCACGAGAUAUUUACGAAGACGAACUUGUACCAGUCUUCGAAAAGGCUGGAAAGAUCUACGAAUUUCGUCUGAUGAUGGAUUUUAGCGGCUCAAACCGUGGGUAUGCUUUUUGCAUGUAUACUAAUAAAAAUGAAGCAAAGCGUGCUAUCACCGAAUUGAACAACUUCGAAAUCAGAAAAGGUCGUCUGCUUGGUGUCUGCUCAAGUGUAGACAACUGCCGGUUGUUUGUUGGAGGAAUUCCCAAAAAUAAAAAUCGAGAAGACAUUCUCACAGAAAUGUGCAAAGUUACGGAAGGAGUUGUUGACAUUAUAGUUUAUCCAAGUGCUGUUGACAAAACGAAAAAUAGAGGCUUUGCAUUUGUGGAGUAUGAAAGUCAUCGAGCUGCAGCGAUGGCGCGCCGUAAAUUGAUACCCGGCCGCAUUCAACUUUGGGGACAUCAAAUAGCUGUUGACUGGGCAGAACCAGAAGCAGAAGUAGACGAAGAUACCAUGGCAACGGUACGCAUUUUAUACGUGCGGAAUCUCAUGCUCACCACAACUGAGGAGACGUUGAAAGAGGUCUUCCAGAAGGCGGCAGGAGGCAGAGAGAAUACAAUUGAGCGUGUGAAGAAAAUAAGGGAUUACGCUUUUAUUCACUUCAGAUCACGGGAAGAUGCUGUUAAAGCAAUGAACAUCAUCAACGGCACAUCCAUUGAUGGAUCACAGGUGGAAGUGACCUUGGCAAAACCAGUGGACAAAAAUGACUUUCGUCUUAACAAAGCCAGGGCAGUUCCACAGUCACCCCCACAUGUCGAAGACUCCGGCGACAUUGGUUUGAAGCUACUACAGGCACUUGCAAUGCAGCAGGCAUUGGUUUAUUCGUAUGACUAUUCUCCAUUCAGCAUCUAUAACCAGGUUGUUCCCCAAGGUGGAAGGGGAGUACAACGGGGAGCACUGUCACUCCGCGGUGUUACAAGAGGAAGAGGAAGGGGAGCUGCUGGGUCUAGGGGUGCAGGGGGUUCUCGACUGUAUGUGCCAGCUACCCAGUCAGCUGGAUACAGGAGGCAUCCUGCAGUUGGACGACUCUUUGACCUGGUUCCUGGCAUGGAAUUGAUCCCUACUAACCCCAUCACACUAAAACCACAAACCAUCAAAUCUUCCAUUCAGGUGCUUGAAGAGUUUUGCCAGAAAAAUGGUUUGGGUAGUCCUGUGUACCAGCUUCACUCAACCAUGCAAAGGACACCUACAGGACAGGAAGAUUUUCAGCUGUUUUUGUUCAAGGUGUCUAUACCUGCACUCAUGACACAGAACUCUGGACCAUUCCAGCCAGAUAAACUUUGUAGAACAGUAGAGGAGGCUAAGGUGUAUGCUGCUGAGUACACUCUUCUGCAGCUUGGUGUUCCUGUUGAAAGUUCAGAGGCACCGGCCACUCAGCCUGCCACGCCUUCAAGUGCUUAUCAGAGCCGGCAGUUAGCCCCUGCUUUCACCAGCAGUGCUCGCGAUAUUACCUUCUCAUCAGUGCCUAUAGUCUCCACUGCUUCCUAUGUUGUGGCGGGAAAUGUUCUACCCAGUGCUUAUGACUACUCUCAUGCUGCAAGCUACCCACCACCAAACCAGGCAGGUGCAGCUGUUUAUCAUCAAUAUUGAAGCUGUAAACCUGAGAUGGACAGAGGGCAGCUAUGAGUUAAUAUAUUCCACCAGCCAUCUCUCAACAUUUAACUGUUAAGAACUAUGUUUUGACUAGCACUUCAAUCUCAAGUCAUUAAACCAGACUCUUGUUACAAGUUAUUUUUAAAUGUUUCUGUACAAAAUUAUUUAGAUAUGUUGUUUUCUCAAAGUUGAAUGCAUACAUUUUCUAGGAAAACACAACAAGUAAAGACAGUAUGUGGUGUUCUUGUCAAUGCUUUCCUAGAUAACAGAAGCUUAAUAGGCUAUGGGAGGAGGGGAUGAUGAAUCCAGAUAUUGCUACCUAAAUCCUCUGGCCGUUAUCCAUCCACAUCCUGUAUUUAUUUGCUUACACUCUUUUAAAACAGCAAUUGCAUAUCUAAUUAUGAGGUGAAAACUGUGGACUUUGGGAAAAAUAGUAAAGUUCUUCAACACUUGUUUAGACUCUUUGGUAUCUAACCAUCAUGGCAUGUUGCUUGCUUUAUUCUGUGAGCAAAGUCACUGGUUGGUUUGCUCAAAUCUAGCUGUUGGGAAGAGUUUUAUAAAACUUCACUCCAGUCUUCAUCAUCUAUAAAUAUCCACUUUUUUAAAAAAAAAACCCAUGCCUAUUAAUGCAUUGUGUGAUAUAUGCUUGUGUUAUUUCAUUCUUUUGGAAAUGUUGGCAUUUUGUGGUUUCUUUUUUCCUUGUUUUAUUUUUCAGUCUUAUGUAUAUUUGAUAAAACCAGAAAAGCCCAGGAGUUACAGCUCUUUCUAGUGACAAAAAAUUGGUUUAACUCUUCAGCCAUAAAAAUGGGCAUAAAUUGUGUGUGCUUGUGUUUGUUGUAGUUGCUGUUGAGAGGGGACUUUCUCUUUUCCUUCGCUUUUUUUUUUUUUUAACCUCACAGCAUGUACAGUGUGCAGUCUUUAAACUUUUUUUUCAAUUAUUCUAACUUGUCCUAAGAUGCAGUGUUUUGCAGAAGUAUGCCCAUUGACACGUUAAACUUUGUUAGGACAGGUUGUCACCCACAGUGUCCUGAAUGAGUUGAGCAGUUUUUAAUCAGCAUUCAUUCCAUCACCUUUUACCUCAAAACUGUGAACACUUCGUGAACAUCAUGACUAUUGUUUACAUCUUGUUCAUCAAAUUUCUUCCAUUGUUCUGAAGCAAGCUUGCUCACUUAAUUUUGUUUUUAACUUUCAUCCAAAUGGGAGAAAUUGCUCAUCAGGUUUUGAGGACAACUUGGUGAGUAUUCUGCUUUUUAAAGACAGAUUUUUAUUCCUUGGAGUGACAUUCAGUUUUGAAAUAUGCUAUAUAGUUGAUAUUGACUUCAGUACAUAGCACCCAUUGACCUUUAUUCAUAGCUAAUACCAUAUAUCCAGUGUAAAAUGGAUUGAACCCAUUAUUAUACACAUAAUCUACAAGUGUUGACUGCUGUGCAGUUAUCAAGACUUGUGAUUAUUUUGAAACUUACUAAUGAAAACAAAUCACAUUUCCUCUAAAUUGGUUUCUGAGAUAAAAUCUUCUACUUUUAUGAGUGUUAUUAUUUUUUUUUACUUUUUGGUUUAUUAGUAAAUAAGAUCCCUUUUAAGAGAAUACAUUUUCCAUUUAUGCAGGCCUUUUGAAGGAAAAAUUUAUCUGCAAAGCUUUGUUAUCAUCAUUGUCCCAUGUCAUCAGACAGUUGAAUUGCUUGAUUGUUCUCCUGGGAUCAGAUUGAUUUGUUUUUCUUUUUUUAAUGUGCUGCUUGCAGUUGUUUAGCAUUCUAGAUUCAAAACAUGCCACUUGACACAAGCUAUUUAACCAAAAUGGUUUGCUAAAACUGGCUGACUGCUUUGCACUGAUCAUCCAGAUAGUACCAAGCAAUAUGUUGUGCUCUUGGAUUAUGUGCACUUUCAAUUUUGGCAUCAAAUUUCUAUUUUCUCCGAGCAUUAAAUUAUGCUUGGCUGUGUAGAAAACUGCGGACAGUAAUUUUCACUUGAAAAAAAAAACUGUGCUGGUACUGAACAUUUCAUCUUUCCUAUUGUGUUGAUUGUUAAUUUACAAAGAGGGAAUAAUAUAAAAAGCUGUUCAUGUUCAUCUUUCACUUUUUAAUCUGUCUAUUGAAUUUUUGGUAGUGAUUGUUGGACAGAAUUUUCUUUUAAGUUUUUUAACAGGUGUGCGUAAUGUACCCAGUAUGCUAAGAUUUUUACAACUGGAGACUUUGCAGUUUUGUGGUUCAUGUUGUUAAUGCUACUCCAUUCCCGAGUUUUACCUUGUUUUCAUCUCUUUGUAGUUUACUCCUCUCAUUUUCAUUUCAUAAUUUUCAUACCUGAAGUGAAAACAAAUCAUUUUAUUUGUUAUAGUUAAGAAACAUUUCUGAUAUUCUUAUGUAACACUGUUUCAGGUCGGUGCUUUUUGAAAUCGUACAUUCUAAAAAUGUUUUCUUAAGGAACAGUGCAAAGAAGGUUUAUUUGACACUGAAAUUUCUGUUUUAAAUUGUUUGACCUUUGAAGGAGUUGCUUGCCUUUAAGCUAUCAUCAGCUAAACAUUUGUGGGGGAAAGAUUCCUACGCUGAACUUUAAACCAUGCAAAAAAAAGACCCCAUUCAAUCUUUUGGGGGCUGGCUCUCUCUCUUUCUGUCUUAAUGAAGUUCUUUAACUGUCUUGGCUAGCAUAUUUGUGGUUAGUAGGUAGGUGUUCAUAUUUUUCUUCUGUCAGAUGCACAAUUUAUCAAUUUUUCUGUUCUGGGAAGUAUCAUCUUGCUGUGAGAAUUUAUAAGUGUAACACGUGUAACAGUUUAUCAACCAUAAGGAAUAUGCUCAUGCAUGCUUGGGGGUGAUAAGCUAAGGAGCAUUAUUGUGGCAACCACUUGCUUGUUGCCUGCAACUUCCGCUGUAAUGCACAGCAGAGCAAACUCUCUCUGUUUCAAUGACUAAGACUCUACAGAGACUCAAAUCCCUGCCUAUAAAUGUAGUCCAGCUGGCUUACCAGAGUGAUGAGUGCCAUCUGUCAGCAUUUUUUUCUUCUUGAUCAGGAUGGAGGGUUUCCUCUUGGCACACUUAUGAAGUCUCUGCACUGUUUAACGCUGAGCUGCAAGUUGGGAAUUCUGACUUUCAGUACAAGACUGCAAACUUCAAGAGUCAUGUCUGCUCCUGCUUCAUACCUGCCAUGGAUAUAGGUGGUUGGCUCUAUUGGAGAACAGCAUUGUAUGUAUCUGUUUUGGACCAAAGCAAGCCUCCAACAUGGAAAUUAUUGUAAUGUGCUUUGUGACUUUCUGUUUCAAGUAUCUUGGGUUUUGUAAACAGUUACAAAUGGACAUCCCCCCAUUAUGACAGUAUUUGAUGGAUGCAGAAUGCAUUUAUCUUACAAUUCAUGUAGAAAUUAGUGGAGGCAGCAUUCUUAAUUCAAAAGCAAUGUAUCAGUCUGGAUUGUUGUGAUGAUUACAGGCCUCGUCAUUGUAGAGAAGAUGUGUCCUGCAGCAUAAACAAUUAGAAUAAAGAUCAUAGAUUGUCAAGAAUAGCAUGCAGAAAUUAUUUUAUCAUCUGGCAUACUUCAUAAGUAUUGCCAUAUUUUACUCCAAGUACUACUUAAAACCUGAACAUCUACCCUUUGCAUGAAAGCAAAGUAUGCUUUGUAACAGCUAAACAUGAGACAUGGAAUAGUCAUUUAGAAGCAGCUUUCACUCAUGACAUUUGUACAGUGCAUGCAAAUGAAAAAUGAAACCUUAGCAUUCUAAAAGAUGGAAAUUUGAGUAUUUAUAUGGAACGACAUGUGAUGAUGGGCUUAAAAGUGAUUUUGUGCUCAGUGAUGCAGAACACAGAGGGAGUGAUUCUUGUUUUUUGCUUGUUUUGGUUGUCUCCUAGACUUGGGAUGACAGACUGUAUGCUGGUGCUAUUUAUUUAGGUUUGUUGUAUUAUAUCCUGGCUUGUAUUUUUUUAUUUUGCCCUCAGGCAACAGUGGCUUUUACUUUUUUUAUUUGGAGGACAUACACAUUCUCCACACCACCAGUGCAAUUCCAUAUGAAUAUUGUGUUGACAAAAAUUUUUCAUUUGUAGGGGAAAAGGUUUAGAUAACCCUACUUUUCUAUAAAGUUCAAAAUAUUAUAAUGGAUGCAUUUUCUCCAAAGAUGAGUCUCACUAACAAACACUACAAUAAACAUAAUUUAAGUCUUAAAAAUUGGGCAAUUUUGUCCUUUGAUCAGAAAAAAAUAAUUAUGUAUUGAAAGUAAGACUACAUACAGAAAAUAGGAGAUGAAGGAAAAUUCAAGCGAUUUUAUGUGACAUUAAUAAAGAUAAAUAAAAACAGAUUUAGCAUUGUUAGUUGCUGAAGACAUAAGUAUAUAUAUCUAGGCCUGUGUAGUAAUUAUAUUAAUUUACAAGUCCUGUUUCUUGAGAGCAUAUAAUCCAGCACAGUGAGGAAAAUGGAGUCAAAGCACAAACAUGUCGCUGUUGUCCACCAUGUCUUAAGAUCAAAGUGAUGAAUGUCACAUUGAUAUCUCUUUGAAAAUAUUUACUUCUUUUCUUGUUUUCCAUCCCUCACAUCAAGAAAAGAGGUUUUGAAAGUAAACUUCUUUCAUCAAAAUUUGGUAUCUACAUGUAUCAGAAAAUAUGCAUAAAAGAACUGAAUGUAUACUUUUUACAAAAACAAGUUCACAGAGCAUUUACAUAACAACAUUUGAAGAUCAAUAUCCUCCUCAGUCAAGACCUAUGUGAGAACCAGCUUGUUAUAUUGUCACCAUCCAUCCCAAAUGGUGGGUAAGAGGAGAGGGUGAUAACUAUGUGAAGAGGGUAUAAUGUAGGGAAAAUCAUUCUGACACAAAGUCUAAUGAGUAGAAAGACAAUGAGUUGAGACAUGCAUGUGGAGCUACACACUAGUGGUUUUAUUUCAUGUUUACACAUUGUUGCUAACUGGCUAAACUGUUGGACAGUGCAAGCUGGUACCUGACCCAUGUUGUCUCUACACUUUUUUUUUUUGGUCUUGUGAUAGCAUCUCUUGUUUAUGCAUACUGGUAUGCCCUUCUAUAGGUAAUGAAAGGUAAGGGUAGUGGCACAGUCAGCCACUCCUCUCCACAAUUCAACACAAAUCAUGGGGUCCAGGUAUUCUUGUGCUAGUCGAAGGUACCAGCAAGGGAAAAAUACAUAUUGCCUGACUUUUCUCUAUGCUCUCUCUGCUGCAGACUGCUUGCUGUCUGCCGCUAUGCCCUCAUAUUCUCCUAACCCCCAAACUGUAGAAACUAACCCUCUUCUAACCUUCCGCCUGUUGCUAUUGAAAAUACUUCUCCUGGCUACUCCUCAUUCCAGCAAGAACACAGGACCAUCUAGUGGUCAGCUACCAUGGCCCACCCAGGGCAUGCAUGUGUCUGUAAUUUUGCUUUUGUGCUUAUAUAUGUUUUUUUGUGUUUGUGUGCAUGCGUUGGGCCCUGUCCCAUGCUACUAUAGUCCUUAAGUAUUCAAUUCAUCCCAGAAAUUCUGUUUUAUUUAUUUAAAAUGGCAAGCACAUUUAUAUAUUGCACCAUCUGUGCCAUGCUUCCUCAUUAGUACUGCAGAGUCGCUUGGAAGCCACAAACACAAGGCACACAAAUCAUCUUCAGACACAAAGGACAACAAACGAGGGUCUAUAUUAAGUAGCCCUUAUAGUGAAGUUUUUUAUCUUGAAUAUAUUUGCCAUUGGAAAAAACCCACUGGAUGAGAUCAUUAUGCUUCUGUAUCGGUGUCCCUGCCUUGUGAGAACAUGUUUUUACCACGUGGUGUUCAAAAAAAACAAACUUGCCAUAAUGUGUGAAUGCUUUCAAAGCAGACAAAUAUAAAUAUGGACAUCAAAUAAUUUAAUUUUGAGAAAGUUAAUAACAUGAUAAGUGUAUUUGGAUAUUGUAGUGUGUAGCGAUAACAGUCCAAAGCUAUUCUUUGCACUUUGUGACCUCAAGUGCCUUAUAAAUGUAGUAAUUGUUUGAAGAACACUUACAUGUCAGUGCAGGUGGUGAGAUGAAUUUGUAGAGUUUUUGUUUGAGUAUACAACCACCAUGACCCAAGCCUUACCUGCUUACAGCAGUUGUUUAACUUUAUUGCCAGUCCCAUUCAAAAUGUACUUUUUUUUAAUGGACAGACCCUAUUGAUGAUCACUGUUACAAUGAUUAGUUUGUGCCUCCUGAGCAAGUAAUAUGCCAAACUAACUUUAGGUUUAUUUGUUUUUGUACCUUCUUUCUCACCUGCUUAUAUCUCCCCCAACCAAAUUUGAGUUUGUGUAAAUUUUUGGUUAUUCUAUUGAUUUUUGUGAGUGAAACUUGUUUUUGUAUUUGGUGUUGGCUACUAAUAAUCAGAAAAAAAUUAUACCAAUAAUCAAGACACAAUCUUUGAUCAUUGAUAAUAUUUAAGAUCUCGUUUAUGAAUAACAUUCAGUUUUGCUUAUAAGACAGCUUUUUAUCAUCCAGUUGAGCUUUAAAGAUGUAUUUUGGUUUAUUUGCUCUGUGUAUCCUAUUUUCUCACAAUUUGGGUUGUUAUCGGUGCAUCACUCUCCUAGUUUUUUUUUGUGUGUCUUAAGGAGUCGCCAGUGGUGCUUUUAAGUUCAGGUCAUGAAACCUUUUUAUUGUAGUUACUUUGUUUUUAUUAUGGUUCCGUGUUAGACUGAGACUGUAAUGGCCAAAAUAAUGAGCAAACCAGUCAAAAGUAAUGACACUAAAAAAAAAACACACCAAAAUACCAUGCUUUGUCUGGAGAAAAAAUUUCAUAAGGAGAUGCUAUAUUAGAUUAAAAACUAACAUUAGCCAAAUGGGUAGUGGAUAAAAUUUUAGUGUUGUCUUUACUGUUUUGUGUAAUCUGUAAUUGUUAGUUAGCUGACACUUUAAGUCUGCUGGACAUCAUUAGAAGUGGCAGAAACUGUUAAAGCUAUCUAUAUCUGAUUUAUGCUUAGUGGUUAACAUUUGAAACCUGAUCAUGAUAUUCCCUGCAAAAACUAAAGGGCAAGCAAGAACAGUUAACUGAAAGUAAUAUUUAGCUUAAAAGAUUUCUGAAAUAAGAAAAAAAUAUUGUUUCAUGAUGUAGACUGGAAAAUGUGAUUAGCUUGUCUGCAUCUGCUUGUACAGGUCUCAAUACAAUCACGACAAAUUUCAAGUACUUAAUUAGAGUUGGCUAAACUAUAAAGGUGUUAACUUGCUGACAAAAAAAAUCCAAGAUGCCAACAUUAUAUUGUUGUUUUACAUUUUCUACUCACAAGGAAGGGUGUACAAGAGUAUUUCAUUGAAUGCUCAAGGAUUUUUCUACUUUGGUAUCUGGAGGCCAGUGGCAAAGCCUCUGCUACUUUCUGUGAUAUUUUGCUGUGGUUGUCGGCCAUCAUUAAUGACACGUUUUGUGUAACGAUUCAGAUACCUGAUUAAUUGGCAUAAUUGAAAAUGUAAAAUUCAUAGAUUCUGUCACCCACCAAUUAAAAUACCUGCAAUUACCUACCAAGUUUAUGAAGCAAUCCACUUACAUUCAUAGACUGAUUACAGGUUUAUUCCAGACAGCAUUUUGGUCUUUUUUUUCCUGAAAAUGCACUUUGAUGCUGGGUUAACAAAAGUACAUGUUCUUGAAUGAUGUUUCUCGAUUUUGGUUCGUUGAUUAACAGCAAAAAAAUUUAGUAAACAGAUUUGAAACAUAUCAUGAACUGAAACAUCAGCGAGUGUAUCAUUCUGUGAUUUCCUGCAAACCAUGAUAAACUUUUGGGUCAACUCUUAACAUGUAUAGGCUAUAAUUUUAAUUCAAAAGUGAUCAGAAACUCUAGAAUGGUUAAAUUAGAAAGUUUUAUCUGUUUCAUAAUUUUAAAUAAGGCUACAUAAUAUUUCACCACCAUAUAUAUUAAGGAGAAUUAGGCUAGCAUGAGGAUAUAAGAAAUUGUUUUUUUUUAAUUCAUAUGGUGAACUUUUAAAACAUCAGGAAGGGGGUAUUUGCACACCAUAAUAUUGUUCGUUAAGUAGUAAUCAUUUUACAGCAAUCUAUAUGUGAGCAAGACAUUUUUCUGUAGUAUUGGAAGAUCUGAAGCAAAAGAUUAAUUCACAAGGUUUUCCAACUUUGAAAAUCUGAAUCCAAGCCCAUUAUCACAUAGGACUGGGGAGGUUGCCUCUGCCUUUUAAGUUCCACGAGGUUUUGAAAGGCUUUUGGCAUUUUUAUUCCUGAACAAAAGCAUGAUUUUAUUGUUGACUCCCUUGACUGUUUUUGUUUUUGUCCCACACUUUCAUGUGUAAGCCACUAAUGAUAACAAUCCAGUUGUAUUAUUUGGUUGCCAUAAUGUAGUCUGUAGCAAUUAAGGUUGACAGGUUAUUGUAGCAAUCAGAAAAGCUUAUUAAUUUCAAUAGCAGCAAUAAAUAUAAUCACUGUUAAAAAAAA